AGUUUGAUUCCUGACUCGCUUUUUAUUGUUUAUUAACGGUAGUUUGUUUGUUGUUAGUAGAUAGAUAACCUAGCUCUUUCCCAAGGUUUAACAGCAGCUCAGUCCACCACCAAAGUGAACAUACUGUCUGCACACUCGGUUAGAGGUUAGGUGUCGGAGGUCACAAAGGUAUUUUUGUAGUGUAACUUAGCUGGAUAGGUAGCUUUAGCUAGCUAGCUAGCUAGCUAGCUAGCUAGCUAGAUAGAUAGAUAGAUAGAUAGAUCAUUUUUGCAUAGAUAGAUAUGUUAGAUAGGUAGAUAAUAUAUGCAUAGAUAGAUAGAUAGAUAGAUAGAUAGAUAGAUAGACAGAUAGAUAGAUAAUAUAUGCAUAGAUAGAUGGAUAGAUAGAUAGAUAGAUAUUUUUUGCAUAGAUAGAUAGAUAGGUUAGAUACACAGAUAAUAUAUGCUUAGAUAGGUUAGAUACACAGAUAAUAUAUGCUUAGAUGGGUUAGAUAGAUGGAUGGAUAAUUUUUGCAUAGAGAGAUAGGUUAGAUAGAUAGAUAAUAUAUGCACAGAUAGGUUAGAUAGAUAAUAUAUGCAUAGAUUAGAUAGAUAGAUAGAUAGAUAGAUAGAUAGAUAGAUAGAUAGAUAGAUAGAUAGAUGUUGGUGAUAUGGCCCUAAAUUAAUAUCACAAUAUUUUAGGGUACUUUUGCAAUAAGUAUAUUCUUAGCAAUAUGACGAAAUAUUGACAUUUUUAAAAAUUAUUUUCAUGAAUAUACUACUGCAAGAAUAACAAAAAGAAUUCAUACAUUCAGUGGAAACAAAAUUGUUUUGUCUAUUGCGUAAACAGUAACGCACCAAGACCUUGAUUUUGCAGCAUAUUUAGUCCAUGUAACUGCAAAACAAGUAAAAGUAAAUACAUUAAAUAACAAAACGAAUACAAAACAGUUAAAACAGUGAUGCUCUGGGUGUCAUUACUUUUGUCCAUAUAGUGUAGGAUUUGGGUUCACAGUUUAAAUAAAAAAUGUAAGAUAGGGUAAUACACGCACAUACACUCGGAGAGAGAGAGAGAGAGAGAGAGAGAGAGAGAGAGAGAGAGUGUGUAAAGCUACAGUGACAGAGAGCUCGAGCUGAGUGGAGGACAGGAGGAGGGGCUGAGGGAGAGAGGGAGAGAGAGAGGGAGGAGGGUGCACGAGGCCACGCGAGCGUGGCGAGGAGAGAAAGAGAGGCUCGUGCAGCCGGAUCGUAAGGAAGGAGGCAGAGAGAGAGAGAGAGAGAGAGAGAGAGAGAGAGAGAAAGAAGGAAGGAGAGAAAGAAAAAGAGAGAGAAAGAGGGGAGACAGGGAAGACACUCAGGUAGGGAAAAAAGAAAGAAAAAGGAAGAAGAGAGAAGCGCGUGAUGGAGAGGAGGAGAGGAGGCAGGUCUGAUAGACGCGUUUAAAGACGGUCAGAUGAGGAAGAUCAAAGGAGAAGGUGUGUGUGAGUGUGUGUCAGUGAUCGUGCAGAUAGAUGCGUGUAUGAUGCAUAAUUGACAGCGUGCUGGUUGAGUCCUGUGUGAGUGUGUGUGGCUGUGGGUAUGUGUGUGUAUGAGGUUGAUUAUGCAGUGCUGGUGCUGUCUGGUAAACGUGCCUGGUGGAUUAUAACAGAUAAAGGAGAGAGGAUGACUGUGUGUGUUUGAGUGUGUGUGUGUGUGUGUAUUUGUGUGUGUUUGUGUAUUUGUGUGUGUGUGUGUAGUUAAUGGUAGAUAGAAAGAAAGGCAGGGUGCUGCAGGUUGCUCUGUGUGUAUAUGUGUGUGUAUGUGUUGAGUGGACAGUUGAGGGGUCAAGCAGGUGAGGGCGAGGUCAGGCUGGGGUAGUUCAGGGGGUAGUGCAGGUGAAGCCCCCCCAAGCAUACUCAAAUGAGGCAAACAGGGUGAGGGGGUGCAUCCAAGGGGCAUCCCAGGACAAGCAAGUGGAGCAUCCCUCCACUUCCCUCCUCUACCUCCCUCUCUUCCUCGUGCUUUCAUCAGACUGCAUCACUAUCUGCCGGCUACUGCCUGGUUGAGAAGAACCAGCCCUGACUGAAGAUGAACCUGGUGAACCUGAUGAUGAACAUGGGCACUUGAACCUUCUCAAACCCUAAGAACCUCCGGUAAAGCCAGGUAUCCUCUCUGUCUCUCUUUCCUUCCCUUCCGCUGCUGCUUCUGCUGCUACUACCCUACCUCCAAGGAGAGGACAACCAAAGGAACCUGAGGAGAACGCCAGUGGUCCCUCAAGUCACUACCUGGUGCUUGGUGGAUGCCUCCUGUAUCCAACCAUGGGGGAAUGGACCAUCUUGGAACGCCUCCUGGAGGCUGCUGUCCAGCAGCACUCUACUAUGAUAGGAAGAAUCCUCCUGACAGUGGUGGUGAUCUUCCGCAUCCUGAUCGUUGCCAUUGUGGGCGAGACAGUCUACGAAGACGAGCAGACCAUGUUCAUCUGCAACACCCUCCAGCCAGGCUGUAACCAGGCCUGCUAUGACAAGGCCUUCCCCAUCUCGCACAUCCGCUACUGGGUCUUCCAGAUCAUCCUGGUGUGCACGCCCAGCCUGUGCUUUAUCACCUACUCUGUCCACCAAUCGGCCAAGCAGCGCGACCGCCGUUACUCCUUCCUGUACCCGAUGCUGGAGAGGGACUACACCCGUGAGGGCACUCGGAAGCUGCGCAACAUCAACGGCAUCCUGGUGCAGCACCCGGAUGGCGGAGGGGGCAAGGAGGAGCCAGACUGCCUGGAAAUCAAAGAGAUCCCCAAUGCACCACGAGGCCUAACCCACAGCAAGAGUUCCAAGGUACGUAGGCAAGAGGGUAUCUCCCGCUUCUACAUAAUCCAGGUGGUGUUCCGUAACGCCCUGGAGAUCGGCUUCCUCGCGGGGCAGUACUUCCUGUACGGUUUUAGUGUUCCGGGCAUCUUCGAGUGCGAUCGCUACCCCUGCUUGAAAGAAGUGGAGUGUUAUGUAUCGCGUCCCACCGAGAAGACGGUCUUCUUAGUGUUCAUGUUCGCCGUAAGCGGCAUCUGCGUGGUGCUCAACCUCGCAGAGCUCAACCACCUGGGCUGGAGGAAGAUCAAAGCUGCCAUCAGGGGCGUGCAGGCACGCCGGAAGUCCAUCUGCGAGAUUCGCAAGAAGGAUAUGGCACAUCUAUCGCAACCACCCAACAUGGGCAGGACCCAGUCUAGCGAGUCGGCUUAUGUCUGAUCCUCCUUUAUUCACCCUUGAAAGGUGAAUUCGGUCUCUGAAGACUGUGAUGAAGAAUGUGGGCGGGGCCGAUAAAGUCCUGGUAUGAAUGUUUGUUUAAAGUAAGGGAGAGGGAGUGGCUCUAGCAAUUUUCCAGAGGCCACUCCCUCCCUCUGACUGCCAAGUGUUAUAAAUAAGAUGGAAGCGAGUCAAAUCUUGGGUUGGUGGAUGAGGAUAGAGGACAAAGAGGGAGCGAAAGAGAUUUAAGAAGUAAGAGAAGAAUUUUUUCCUGGAUUCUUGGUUCUGGAAAGGAUCAAGUCCGAGAUGAGGGCCAGAGGAGCGGAAGAGCCGCCGGGAAAAGGUGACGGAUGUCCAAGAACAAACAACACCAAUGCUAGAAGUUCUUGGAUUGUCUUCUAACAUCUUGAGCUCCUACUAACUGGAAAAAGCUAAAGAAAUCGCGCCUAAGAGAGAGAGAGACGAGGGAGAUGAGGGGGACGAAGAGCAUCACAACAGCCAUCCUCCCCCACUUUGUCCAUGAAUCACUGUCAUGGAACUGGUGCCAGAAGAAAAUGACUGUUUAUGCUUGGUCUCCUGUCAAUGAAUCACAAUGAAGAAAACAACAAGGAAGGAUCUAAACACUACAGCACCAGAGGCACCUCGUCUUUGACACACGAUUUAACGGAUGCUUGCUUCUCUCUUCUCUUUCUUUUUUCUUCUCCCUUUCUACUGUAAGCCUUAUGAUGGCACACAGGACUCCACCUCAGCUUGACAGUGCCAUUCCACAAGAUCCUGUCCUCAUUUUUUUAACAUAGCAACCCUCCACCUCCAUCAUGUGUUGCUGAGAAAGCAAGCACGUCAGACAGAGAAAGAUAGAGUGGGUCCAACAUGAGGAGGUCCAAAAAAUAUAUAGUUGAAAGAUAAAUAAGCGAGAAGGAUAAGUAUAUGAUUUUAAAAGAAAAAAAAACUCAUGAGACUAUUCUGACAUUUAUUUUUUGUGACUUGGUGCCAUCGUUUUAAAAAUGACUGUUCUUUUUUCAAUUCUAUAUCAUAUUUAGUUACUAAAUCAUUAUAUAUAAGUAGAUUAAUUUAUCUUUAUUGGGAAAUGGGGAAAGGCUUGAGAAUAUUAUUUAUUCAGAGAAUUCAUAUUUACAAAUAACUAUCGUUUAUUUCAAAGUGUUUCUUUCUAUUCACACUGAUUUUAUGAGAAAAAAAAGGAAACGAUAUCAAGGUAUUUGAAGGCAUGUUUACAAAGCACUAUGAUAUGAUGAUCGGAUGACACGUGUUGUUUGCUGAGGCUUAUUUUUUUUUCAGAAACAAAAGAAGGAAUUGAACACAUGUGGAUCAGAUUUAAUUAGCUUGCUUUCUUUUGUUUGUUGUGUUUGUCUGCAUGCCUUUAUGAGAAGAGAAAAGAUGGCGAUAGGAAAUGUAUAUGUAUGCAUGAACGCAUUGCACCUUGUUAAGGAGAGAGACUGGGAGUGGCUGAGGGGACUCGCAGUGGGAGGAACUCAGUAAUGAAAAGACUUUUACAGGAAAAGGAGAAUGUAGAGAGAAAGAGGCAAACAUAUGUGUUACUCUGACAAACACAACCUCAAUCUUUUAUAAGAAACAUAUUUUUAAGCCUUUUUAACUAUGGAAACAAAGAUCAAAAUAUAGGGCACCACUGAAAUGCUUACAGGGCCUCAAUCACCCACCAAUCUUAGAGCAGUCCUAUGUUAGAGUGUACAAUACUGAAAAUGUGGAAAUGUGAUUUGCACGUUGAGCCAUCCAUAAUGUCAGGUUCACUUUACACAAUUCCAGCCCCAAUUUUCCAGUCACUGACUUUCAAAAAAAAAAAUCCACAUGUUUAAUCAAGUGAUCAUUGAUGCCUUGCAAGCUCCUGACAUAUGUCUAGAUCUAUCUGUAGUCUCAAAUUCUUGUGUGUUCACAUAACCACACAUCAUUCUGGAGAACAGACUCCAGGGUUUUCUCCUGGUGAAAAAUUAUGUAAUUUUUGAUCCUGUGUAAUUUGAGAUGUAGUGUGCAAAUCACAACCACUAAUAGAUUCCUAAAUACAAGACAGAUAAUGCACUAAAAGGCAAGAAGUUGUGUAGAGUGUGAAGAGUACAGUGAUAUGAGGACACUGAAUAUUGUGUAGUGUGAACAUGGCAAGAAGGGAACACUUUACACAUGCAUUUCUGGACAAGCUGAGGGACAAAAUACAGAAUAGUCACUGAAUAUGAAAGAAGCUUUGCAGCAUUGUGUCAGCUGUUCCAUAGAGUACUUAGCAGCAUUUUGAACCUGGAGUGGCAAUGAUAGAGAAAUAUUAUCCCUGGUUUACCACCAUGGUUUAAAGCUGCUAUUUUAUUUAAGGUAAAAUGCUGCGUAAUGUUGCUUUAGUAAAUCUUUAUCAACAUCCAUCAGUGCUAUAUUAUUAGUUUGCAUUUGUUUAGUUUUGAUGUUUCUCAAUAAACUUUUUAGGAACAUAUUGGUGAAUGAGGCCCAGUGUUCUCGUUGAGUGCAUUGACAGAAGGUGUAUUGGUGUCAUUGUGUCUUAGUCAGUGUAAUCUGUUGUCAAUCCCGCUUGUGCCUCCCUCUGCUUCACCCCAGAUGUAAAAGCAGGGAAUAAGGUCUCCUGUUCGACGCACAGACACACACUUGGAGUUAAUGUUCCAUUCAGACACAAUUAGCUCUGCCUUAGCUGCACUUGAGCGUAAGUGCUUGAGCCUGCACACUUCCUCCACCUCGAUGUCCACGUGCAGAACUCUGACAGACACCACUGGAAGAGUGCAGAGACAAGCCAGUGCAGCUAGUGUGGACAGGCCCUCAGACAAACCACAGAGCAGGAGAAAACGCUGCCAAGAAAAAGAUGGACAGAGAGAGAGAGAGAAAGAGAGGCGUUCAAAUACGUAGACACGUGUUCUUUCUCUGGCAUGCCUAGUACAUAAAAUCCUUCAAGGAACGAGAACUGUUUACGUUUGGAACGACACAAGCUGUGGUCAAGCCGUAACUCUCUCACAGCUCCAGCCUCACACCAUUAUUUGAAUUGCUAAGGUAGAAUGAGGCGAGGCUAGCUAGAGCCAAAGAUAUGGAAGUGUUAGGCCCAAUCCCAUUUCAUCCAUAGGCCCUACCACUUACCCCUACCCCUUGUUUUCGAGUGUAACCUGGGGUAAAAUACUCCCCCUAAGAAUUGGUUAACUAGUUAACUUUAGAUGGUGCAGAAAUGAAUUUAAUAUGGUCCAUUUCUUAAUUUAUCUGUGAAGGGGAGGUGAAGUUAGCUUUGACUAGCUUUUAUUUUAUUUUUCCGUUCUGCCUUAAAUGCUGUAUCCCCUGCUAUCUGUUGCACCAUUUUAGGUGGAACGGGAAAGUUAGCUAGCUAGCUAGCUACUGAGACAAACUAGUGACCUUUUUUAUGCUUGUUAUAAGAAUUUGGCCAUAAAACACAAUAAACUGCACAAUAACUAAUAAACUAUACAAUAAACUAUGGUAAUAUAGUGCUAAUUGUCACUUUAAACAAGGGAAAUAUUUACAUUUGUGAGUUUCUUACUACUGAUUCUCAUACCCCUCGGUUUGAAGUGUACGAUCAAAAAACUUUGUAUGAAAAACAAACAAGCCCUAUCCCUUCCCCCUACCCCUCAAGCCUAAUGAGAAUCGGGACCCGUACCCCUUAGCGUGCACUCACAAAACAGAGGGAUAGGGGCAAGGGGUAGGGCCAAGGGGUGAAAUGGGAUUGACCCUAAUAUUCUUGUAGAGUUUGGAGAGUGAGGAACAGCCAUAGUCAGCCAUAACAUUAAAAACCUUGACAUAGAUGCAAUGGCACCAUCAAAACCAAAAUGUCAUGACUAAAAGACUGGGUCAGAACAUCUCCAAAACAUCAGCAGAUUAUGUAAAGUAUUCCCAAUAAGCUGUGUUCAGUAGUACCUACCAAAUAUGGUCCAAAAAAGAACAACCAGUGAAAAUGUUCUCAUUAAUAUUCAUGGAGGCUUUACUUUACAACUUCCAAGACAUAAAGGAUUUGCUGCUAACACAUCUUGGUGCCUUGGUGCAGCACAACACAGGGCAUCUUCAGAGGCAGGUGGUGUUUAAAAUGAUGGUUGAUCAGUGUACAUCAGUGAAAUUUGCCUCAGAUUCAUCAGGUAGGAAGUGUUAUGGUUGAAUCCUUUAAAAACAGGGUUUGUCAUAAGUCUGUUAGCUAAACAGCUAAGCUCAUUAACACUUUUUACAGUAAUUGGAUCUAAAGUGCUCAAAAAACACAGUUAGUAGUUAGUGUAGCUUACUGCUCUGUACCUGAAGUUACCUUGGGUUAUGUAACUCAGAGGAAUGCGCUAAAGCUGUGACCUUAAAGAGAGAGCAGGUUCAGGGUUAGCACCAAGCAGCUAGCAUUAGCAAAGUGUUCUAAACACCUUUGAAACUUUUGUUCUGUCUUUGUUUUAUUUUGGGCUGUUUUUAGGCAAGCUCCAACCACUUGCUUUAAUCAGGAGAUGGUGAAUUUACCUCAGCUUUCCUUAGUCAUAAUCGGUUAUUGUAUAAAACUUAAAAAAAAAAAAUACUAAGGCUAAGCAGUUAGCAUUCCUUUUCCUUCCUGUUGGCUUCAUUCACACAGCUCAAUUUUUAAUUAUUUGUAAUGUGAACUCUGCAUCUGAUUCAGAUCUCAAUUCACACUCCUAAACUGAUGCACAUGUGCAAAAGAGCAAUGCCUAAUGUGAAUAUUGAGUUGGACUGCUGUAAAAGUCACGUUAAUUUCAUAUUUACACGAUCUAUACGCUAAAAUAAAUUGCGCAUAUUAAUAAGCCUAUGUAUCAGAUUACAGAAUCACAUAAGAAAAUGCCCCAAAGUGGCACUAAAAAAGUCACCUUGAAUGUGAAUCUGAUCUUCACACUAUCACACAUAACAUAUUUGGAUUUUAAAUAUGGCCAAAAAGAGAAGAAUCAGAUUUGGGUCUUUUUUACCUGCUGUGUGAACGUAGCCAAAGUGAGGGUCCACUCUCCUCCCCAGUCUCACCUAUAAUCUGUAACAUUUCCGCAGUGUUUUCAACACAAUUUAUGCAAAAGGUUUUAUUUUUGUUUUUUCUUUUACACUGUGGAUUGUAUUUGUGUGUGUUGCUUCUUUGUACAGUGCUGAGCAUUUGCAUUGAGAAAACUGUAGCGGUGGUUAAAAUUCAGGUCCAUAAACUAAAAAUUUGCCCCAGGAUUUUUUUUCCAAUUGCAUUGGAUUGCUAUCUUAAACUUUUAAAAAUCAUUGUAAAAUGUACAUAUGAACAAAAUACAUUUAUUAUGAAGCAAAUUAAUUUAUUAGGGCUGCUAAUAGGCAUGAACUAUUUAAUAUAUCGCGAUAUAUUGUGACACUGUGAGCAAGUUUGAAUCAAAUUUAAGAAAACUGUCACAGUAAAAAAAUAUACAGUAUUUGUAAAAUCUGUCUAAAAUAAAAAUGAUCUUUUUAUCCAAUCAGAACAGUGGGAUCUAAUAAUGAAGUCCAACACUGCCAUUUAUUGGUGGUGUUUAAACACAACACAAAAUGAACCACUGUCUGACACCAAUCUUUACACCAAUCAAUACAGUAUUGCAACAACAACUAAACACUGCAAUACUUCUAAAAAAAAAAACGUUUUUUUCUUAAACACAUAUGACAGAAAAAUCUGCUUUUUGAAAUUUUCCCAGUCUUGUCUAUAUAGUAUUUAGCAGCAGUGUUGUCAGGUUUAGAAAAGCUGCCCAGACAAUUGGAACAAAAUCCUGGGGUGGAUUUUAACUCUGUGAACCUGAAUUUGCCAAUUCUAGAAAAUAGGGUCACUUGCCUGUGGAGCAAAACUAUGAGAGCUCCCUUGCCAAAGUACUGUAAUAUGCAACUUCACAUGUUCAUAAGUGAACUGGGUUUUCAAAGACAUUUAAAGGCUUGGAUUCAUGCAUGCAUUGCGGUAUGUGGUUGGAAUAAGCAUGUUUUGUACUUUUGUAUAAUUCAGAAAAAAAAAUUCUGGCAAAGGAAGAAAAUUCUAGGCUUUUCCCAAAACAAACCUUUAUACGUGAUCCUUGUUGGUACUUGACAGCAACCGUUCACCCGUAGCCUCUUAGUUAUCCAAAAGUGUGAUAAUAAUUUAAAACAGAAUAUUUGAAAUUAAAAUUAAUUGAAAUGAUCUGUACAAUUGAAUACGCACAAUGUGCAGUGGUAGCUACGUUAGCAUUUGUUACUGAAUAUAUGCACCACUUUAUAUGUUGCUCAAGGAACUACUGUUUUUCUUUUUUAAUUUUAUAUUUACUUUUCUUGAGUGUGCAAAUUUUGGGGAAAUUUUGUGCAAAGGUUCUACGCCAGGCAUACAGCCCUUCACUGCCACUAAAUUUUGUAAGGGAAAAUACAGUAAAUGAGGUUCUUUUGACAAGCAUAUGUUUUUUAUAUUGUUUUAUUUUAAACUUUUUGGAGACAUGACUGAUAUGUGUGAGUAGGCAUCAUCUCUGAGUUCUCGAUUGACAAUAAUCUGACCUUGUCCACUGCCACUGGUCUGAUCUGUCACACUUGAGGUGAGGAUUGGUUUUAUAUGAAAAUAUAUUUCUGAAGGUUGUUUUGUCAGUGGAGAACUCAGAAAGAGAAUAGCAGACCAGAUAUUAUGUCUACUGCACAUGCAAAAAUGUCUCAGGUAAUUUUUUUAUUUUUUUAUCUGACAUUUGGACGAAUCGUGUCAUCUUGUUUCUACUGUUUCUAUAAUUAAUGCUCAAAUUGUAGUGAAAAGCUUAGUGAAAAGCUGAAAAAGCCAUUUGGGAGUCUACCCACAUUUUAUAAAAUUGAAAGUUGUUACUGACGAGUUGUAAACCUUGUAAUGUUCAUGUUGUGCAACAAGUUUCAUAUAUUUGAAGAGGAGUUACUGCUGUUUUGUGAACAGAAAAUAUUAUUGUGCUUGUCUUGUACUCCUCAACCAAUGCCAAGGAACACUGAUUAUGGAUUUUUGAAAUCUUUAUUUAUUUAUUUAUUUAUUUUUUAAACAUACGGAAACAACAGUGUUUAAUCAGCACUCAAAAUGAACUCAAAACUAACUACAAUGCCACGCAUUAAUCCCUUUAAAAGAGCCAUUGCGGUGUCUUAAUGCGCCCCCUCUGUGCCUGCCAGGUCCUAGUCUAUUCAACCCCGACAGUGCCCGCCCCUUUUAUACCUCUCCACUUGAAGUAUUGUCUUUUUUACCCAAGCAAAGACUAUGAAAUCAUAUCCUUUUCUAAUCAUUUACUGUACUUUUGCUGACCUGUAGGUUAACUACUCAGCUUUGGGUAAAAUUGCUCUUUUAAACUGAUCCAUUAGCUAUUGUGAACAGUCUAUUAAUAACUCACAAAAUAAACUCACAAAAUUUCAGAAUUUUUAAUCAUUUUUUUACUUGUAUCGUAUGAAAAUAACACAAUAACACUCUCAGCUCUGGGUAAAAAUGAUUCAGGAUCAGAUUUCCACCCAUAUAAAUACUGCCCACCUAUCAACAGAUCAGCAUCAAAAAGCAACACGCUAACCUACCAGAAACUUCUAUAAAACCUUUAUCAACAUGCCCUCUCUUUUUUUCACCUAGAAUACAGUAAUGGUUGAUAGUAGCCGCAUUAAACCACUCUAGUUGCUGUAAACAGUUUCCUAGUAAAAUAGUCACAACUAACUAUAAACAUUACCUGAGUUGACCUGAGCUCAUCUCUUCAGCUCUGAGUUGAAUCUGCUCUUUUAAAACGAUCCAAGACCAUAUUUCAGAUUUCUCAACCCUGUGUAAACACUGGCUGCAGAUCACCAUCAUCUAAAAAGCAGCAAGCUAAUCUACCAGAAACAUCUUAGAACCUUUUUUAUCAACAUGCUCUCAUGUUAUUUUCACCCUGAGAAGAGAAGCGGUCAACACUAGCCCCAUUAGACCACUCUAGCUGCUGUAAAUAAUCUCCUAGUAACUCACGAAAAUAACUCUCAAAAACAGACAUUUUUGAAUAAUUUACUAAACUUUUACUGAGUUGACCUGAGCUCAUCUCUUCAGCUCUUCAGCUCUGAGUAGAAUCUGCUCUUUUAAAAUGAUCCAAGACCAUACUUCAGAUUUCUCAACCCAGUGUAAACACUGGCUGCAGAUCACCAUCAUCAAAAUAGCAGCAAGCUAAUCUACCAGAAACAUCUUAGAACCUUUUUUAUCAACAUGCUCUCAUGUUAUUUUCACCCUGAGAAGAGAAGUGGUCAACACUAGCCCCAUUAGACCACUCUAGCUGCUGUGAACAGUCUCCUAGUAACUCCUGAAAGCUUGUAUAAACACUGGUUUAUAAUUUGGCGGAGGCGAAAGAACAACCAGCCCAUUCUUUCUUCCAGAAGAACUAUAAUAACAUCAACAAAUGAGCCGUUGACUCAGGAUCUGCAAACUUUUGCAUCGUCACUGUUGUGAUCAUAAAAAAAAACUCACAUCUCUGAAUUAACUUAAUGUUAGCAAGAAUUUUUCCAAGUCGUUUUUGGACGAUUGAUUAAUUAUGAAAUAUCUGUGGAAUGCAAAUGACAGCUGUUGUUUUCAAAUGGUGUAAAACUCAGUAAAUCAUACUGCCUAUAUUUAUUAUUAACAGCAUUAUAAUGAUAUUUUCUAUGCACAGAGAAAACAGGGUCAGGGUAUGUUUUUUUUUUUUUUUUCCUUUUCCGUAAGCAGGGUAAUAUAACACCACUUUGCAAUCUACAGUAGUAACUGAGCCAUUACUAUUGCAGUGUGUUCAAGUGGGCCAAAAAAAAACGUACAUACACAGUUAAAAUAUGAAGUUCAUAAAUACCAUACAAUUAUUGAAUUAAUCCAAAUCAGAUUUUUAUAUUUUGAUGCAGGGUUCAUACUGGGUCUGUGAUCUCUGUUUGGCUUCUGCUGAUCCAGUAAUGGAUUGCCUUGCUGAAAUUCAUUAAAAGAUAGUAGAGCUUUUUUAGUGUAACAAAACCUAUAUACAUUCAGAAAUAAUCUUUUUUUUUGUAUUUUUCUUUUAAAGCAAUAGUGCCACAUUUAGGUAAAAAAAAGUAAAAAAAAAAAAUACCCCUCGGGAUUUGUUUCAACUGCCGGGAUGAGACAGAUUUGUUAAUCAUGAGAAAAUGAGUUGUAUUAUAUGUUUAGAUUGUAGUUUUAGACUACUAUUGGAGAAAGAAGAUGAGGAUUUUGCUUAAGCUUUUGUGUUGUGUUGUUUAUUUCCACCUCCUUCCAGCUUUGUCUGUGGUUAAAAAUACUAAUUUUAACCAUUUUAUAGAGAGAAAACCAACACUAGAACAUCUGCACUCAGAGAAAUUGCUUAUUUAUAAAGCUCCAGUGAAAUGGACAUGUUGAGUGCCUGUCAGGUUGUUUGGUUAGCUUAUAUGCUAACAUUUUACCUGACAGACUCACAGAGUCCCCCCUCCACAAAAUAGUAAAAGCAGAUGUAUGUAUGUUUGGGUGGAUGUUUUAAAUUUUGUUUCUUUAACCACAGACGCUGGUCACCUUCUUUGUAAGGUGUGUUGAGUUAGAAAGCUAGCUAGUUAGCUACUUUAUUGCGACUUGCAGUUGCUACUUCAGACUGCAUUCACUUUGAAAACAAUACAACCACAAACCAUUUGAUAAAAAUUAUGGAAAAUUCUGAUACAAAUGCAAAAGAAACAAAUGCAUGUUGGAAUAAAGUGUCAUCCAAGCAGUCCAAACAAAAUCCUGCGGCAGAUUUUUCCUUUUUUAGACCUCAAUUUGUCACUUUUGUGGUCCAGAGCAAGCUGUUAAAAGUACAUAGUCUUAGCUAAUGCUAAAUGCUAAAGCUAGUCUUAUGCUAAAGUUAGUCCCAGCAGUGCAACUUCCAACUUCAGUUAUAUAAUAGUCAUUAAAUGCAUCUAUAUUCACACAGAUGCAGCAAAAAUACUCCAUUAAACAUCUUUACAGUAUUUUAUUGAAGAAUCUAGGAUAUGAACUUGUGUCUAAAAGCCAUAUUUUAGAAGCUAUCCAGUGUUUUUUUUUUUUGUAUAUGCAAACUAUUGCACUGGCAUUAAACUGCCCUCUAAAAAGAAAACUGUAUUGUACUUUAUAUCAAGUGGAAAAACAACGUGUUGUAAACUAGCAACCCUGACUAAAGUCCACUGCUUGUACCAGGACCUAUUACAGAUUAGAUCCAUUCAUAAGACUUUUAAACUCUUUAAUCUAUGAUUUUGUAAUAUCAGCUAUUUCAAUUGAUAUAGAUCCCACAAAGUUAUUACUUCAUCUAAUUAUUAUAACUGUUAGGAUGGGAUAGGAAAACAAGGAUGUAUUGGAUUUGACAUUAUUUUAAUCCAUUUGUAUUUAGUUUACCUUUUUUUUUUUAUUGAGAGGAUUCACUGCCACUUUGUGUCAGAAGGCAUCUGUGCAAUGCCAUUAGGCUGUUAUAUUCAGUCACAAAAUGCAUGGGAAAAAAGGUCAAAUUCCAUUAAAAAAAAAAAUUGUAAAUAAAUAACUGAUAAAAUCAGACAAAAAAUUCUAAAUAGUUUAUAGCAUUUUGCUCAAUAAACAUGAUUAUUAUCAGGGCUGCUGCACUUGUGCAGAUCUCCACAUUGACCAUGGCUUUUUUUUCAAUAAUUUUCAACCAGUGACUGGCCUCCUCAUUCAUUAUAUCCCUGUGAAGUUGUACAAACCUCAAAUGUUCAGACCUUGAUCUAUUCAGCCCUCAAUCUAUUCACCUCAAACAACUCACUUCUCGUAGAGCCUUCCACAUAAUGACUAUUCAAGCAUGAACGGGUGCCACUAAAAAAAGCUCGAUUCUAUCUUUAGCAGACCGAAAUAAAACCCCAACAUUUUCAGUUUCAGCAGCAAAACUUGCACCAUCUGCUCCACUGGUUAAUUAAUAUGUAGCGCCGCUUGGCUUGUUGUCACACAUAGAAGAACAUUCAGGGACAGAUUUGCUGAGUGAUCCAACAAGCCUCGAGUCUGCAGAACUCACUCUUCCUAUUCAGCUCAGAAAGAACCACAACUUGUCUUUGAUAGUCUUUGCUAGGUUUCUUCAAACUUAAUGUACUCGUUUCUGCUGAUUGAUUUUUUUUAUAUAUCUGACUGAUCUUUGUUGAAGGUUUGGUUUCUGUAUGUUUCUGACUUGUGUACUGUACAUGAUGACUGAAUUAAACACCUUGAAUGUUG